GUUUGUGAAUCUACCUUCUGGAUGCAUUUCUAAUCUUAUGAAACUAUAUUUCCUUUGUUUGCAUUCCUGCCCAAGACUUCAGUCAUUGCCACAACCUUCACCAGAUUUAGAUACAAUUGAUGGAGGAGAAUGUGCUUCAUUGGAAAACUUGUCAAAUGAAAAAAUAUUACGUCUCUUUCAUUUAAUUGGACAGCCUCGCACAUAUGCUCACCGAUGGGGAUUUUCGGUUUAUAACUUCGGAGCCACCAUUCCAGGCAAAGAAAUGCCAUCAUUGUUUGAGAACCAAGAGUAUCUUUCAUUGAAUGAGAAACUUGAAGCUUCAAUAAUAAUUGACAUUCCUCCAUCUGACUUGUUUGGAUUUGUGCUGUGCACUGUGCUAGCUGAUGAUAUGUUUUAUUCCACUGAUGAGCCAAACCAAAAACAAAUCGGUUGGCUUAUUUGGUCGUUUGACUUUGUUGAAGCUUGCAAUAAUGGUGGAUUUAGAUUUGUACCAAUUGAAGGUAGGAGUCGCCUGAACGAGAAAGGAAUAAAAUCUCCUCACCUUUGGAUCGUUUUUGGGCAGAUCAGUGACCAAAUCGAUCAUGAAAAAUCAAGGAAUUGCAGCCAGAUUCGCUUGAGAUUUCAGGCUCCUGAGACUCAACCUCUAUUAAAAUUGGAUGGAAAAAUCAUUAAGUGUGGAUGGCGUGCCAUCCGCAAAGGUCAUUUUGGAAAGCUAGUCAAAUCAAUGGGUGAUGUGCACAAUGAUGAAGAAAAUACAAGGUGUUUUGAUGUUGAAGAGCAAGGACAGAGCAAUUUAUCCAUAAGUGAGAACUCUCAAACCAUAAUCAAUGAAUGUGAAACCAAGUCUCCAAAGCCAUCUUUUCUAAGCUUAGAAGAGGAAGGAAAAUCAGAUGAUUCGCGGAUGCAAUUCAUUAUUGACGAUGCAAGCACUGGUCUUUGCGAUUUUCCUCUCCACAUUGCAAGCCCAGCCACUGCGAAUGCAACGUCACUCCCCAUUGUUGAGCCAAAUGACAAUCUGAUUUCUGAGCAGAAUUUUUUAAGGAAGAGAAACCAAGCUAAUGCUAUAUCCAAGGAUUACACUCCACAAACAAGUGCCGAGGAGAUAUUUGAAGAACUUGAGAAAGUUUUACACUCGGAAGACACUGAUGAGUUGCUGCAAAUUUAUGACAUACUUACGACUGAUGAAAGAAAAUACGAGUCAUUUAAGGCUCUUCCCACCAGAUUAAGAAAACCAUGGAUUUUAAUGCAAAUUGGAAAGAAAAAAAGAUAGAUUAAUUAAUUUGUAAUCGAUAUAUAACCUUUUUAGGGAAAAAUAAUUGUGUUGUUAUGCUUACUUCAACUGUGAAUUGGCAAAGAAAUUGCAUUUGGAAAUA